AUCUGGCUGGCACAUCGCGCCAUAAAAGAAACGUCAUGUUGUGACACGCAAACACUCCAGAAAAAGGAUUUUCUCGUGAAUUUUCCAUCAAUUUCUCAGUGAUUUUAAUUCAAAUAGCACCUACAAGAUGGACAUUACACCCCUGUUUAAGGCCUGUGUGAAGACAAUUCGUCUCAAGAACAAAUCCCUGCCGGUACCGGACAAAAAUCGCAUACUCAAGAAGCGCUCACCCAACACGGAGAUGGACUUCAAUGGCCGGUCGAGGGAAAUUCGUCACAAAAUCACCCAAUUGAGGGAUUUUCUCGUGGAAAAUCGCGCGGCCUACAUGAAAUUUGCAUGUCACCUCAAGAACUCUGCCCAGAUGUCCGACGAGGAGAGGGAUUUGAUUGAUCAGGAGUGCGAGAAGGUCAUUAACUUCUGCACACAGCUCAUCCUCGAUGUACGUCAGGAAUGUAAGGGUAUUGAGAAGAAGUCACCGCAGCAGGUGCGAGAUCACAUGAGAAUUGUGCUGGAGAGUCUCACGGAUUACCUGAAAGCAGUGCACGAUCUGCAUGCACGGCAGAGGAAGCAUCGCGUUCAGAAGGAAUUGGAAACUUAUAAAUUCAUAAAGUUAGAAUCGGAUAAGAGAAAGAUUCCAGUGGUACAUGUCUCCAAAUUGGGGAAACGCGAGAGGGAUUCUGAGGAGGAACUUGAUGAGGAAUCACCCCUAAAGGGUGAAGGAGAUGGGAGAAAGCAUGAUUCGCUGAAGGAAAGAAAAUCCCUUGGAGGACUCUCGUUAGAUGAGGAAAUUGCCCACAAUGAGUCAUCUUACGAGGAGGGAGACAAACUCAGUGCUGAAGAUAUUCAGAUGUUUGAAUCAGAGAAUGUUCAGUUGUAUCACGAACUUCAGGGUUUAGCUGAAGAAGUAGAGCAGAUUGAGCGGAAUGUUGUGGACAUUGCACAGCUACAGGAUAUUUUUACAGAGAAAAUUACUCUCCAGAAGGCGGACAUUGAGAGAAUUUCCAACACUGUUGUGGGAACCACGGAAAAUGUAAAAGAUGCAAAUGAGCAGAUAAAACAGGCAAUACAGAGGAAUGCUGGACUUAGGGUAUGGAUCCUUUUCUUCCUUCUCGUUAUGUCUUUCAGCUUACUCUUCCUUGACUGGUACAACGAUUAAUAAAUCGCGCGUGCCUUGAAUUACAACAAAAAAAAUUGUCUUUUGAUUUCGCAAAAUUGUCUGUUAAAAAUGGCUUCAAUUGAUUUUUCCUCGGACUCUGAGGAUUCUCAGAAUUCCUCUGAUGCUCUGCAUUCCUGCAAAUUCUACAUGAAAGGUUUGGAAGAUAUUGAAAAUAUUGUAAAUUCUCUGAAGGAAGUCCUUAGGGAGAAGCUGAAGAAUUGCGAGGAGAUCCUUGAGGCAAUCCAUCAGCAGCGUAUUCAGCAUUUUCA